UUUUUUGGGUUCAUUUUUGAGCUGCCUCUAGGCAUCAAAAUACUUUCUUUUUUUGUUUUUUGUAAUUAUUUUAUCAGUUUUCCCCUUGAAAAUGUAAAAAAACCUUAAAACAUGUUGAACCAAGUGAAUAUCGAGGCCGUCUAUUCGGCCACCUAUGUGGAAAACUAUUUAGAUUGUGUGGAAAACUUUCCUAACGAAUUGCAGAGGCUUAUUUCUCGUAUGAGAGAACUGGAUGUUUACUAUUUGGCUAGAGUUCGGGAAGUUCAGAACCACCAGAACAACAUCAGAGAGUGCCAGAACAGGGUGAAAAAAGAGAAAAUGUUCAAGCGUAUGCAACAAGCUCUGAUUGCCGCCCAGGAGUUGGGCGACGAAAAAAUGAACCUUCUGCAAAGUAUUCAUGACAAAAUUGAACUCAAAACGAGAGCUUUGGAUCAGGAUUUUAAAAAUCUAGAUUUCGGCAAAGAAGAACCAGUAAACCAGGCCAACGAUCAAAAAGAGUCGGUUCCGCCGCCGCCUGCCGCCACCAAUAACACCGCGACGCCUCCCAAUAACACCCAGGAGCGGCCAGUCAAAAGACCUCGCCGGACCAGAACAGAGCGCGACCUCUACACAGCUCCUGCCGAGACCAAUCAGAACGAACCUGUCACUCCUGAGCAUUCGUUGCGUAGCAGUCAAGCUCCCGCUGUUGCCAGCUCUACAGCUACUGGGUCCACUCAGAAGAAAACUGCAACUGGCAAAAAGAAGAAACGCAAAGCCCGCCAGAGCCAUCAAACGCAAAAAGAAGAUUCCCCGCCUCCCGAAGAACCAGUCAUCGAUCCAGAUGAGCCCACUUAUUGUCUUUGCGAUCAAAUUUCGUUUGGGGAAAUGAUUAUGUGCGACAAUGAUCUCUGUCCUAUAGAAUGGUUCCAUUUCUCCUGCGUGAGCUUGACUACUAAGCCAAAGGGCAAGUGGUUCUGUCCCAAGUGUCGCGGCGACAGACCAAACCUGAUGAAGCCCAAGGCACAAUUUUUGCGGGAGUUGGAAAAGUACAAUAAGGAAAAAGAAGACAAAACAUAAUAAUAUAUAGUUUGGUUUUGUUUUGUGGCGUUUGAAUUUGUGCUUCUAUUGAUAAGUUUAACUUGGUUUAUUAAAUACUUUUUCGAUAGACUUUGUUUUUUUUACUGGCUUGCCAAAUA